AUGUCGUCCUCAACGUCUGAUUCUUCCGCUCGCAAUCGGAGUGACUCUACUGAGGGGUCCGGGUUGCCCCAGCAUGAGCACAAGCGCCCGAGGCUGAGUGAGAGCAAGCCUGACGAGACGCAUGUUAUGUCGGAUCUUCAGCAAACAGAAAAGCCGUCGCUCGCUCCUUCGGUGACAUUGGUGGAUGAAAACAUGCCUGCACUGGAAGGAAGUCCUCAUCAAACUCCGCCGCUACCACCUCGACCUGCGGUCAUUGCUACUGCCAUGUCUCCAACCAGCAGAGUCACGAUCCAAACCCGUCCUCUUUCAUCCCAAUCUGUGACUGAGCCAAAUCAAAGCCUCGCAGACACGGCAAAGUCCAAAACCAGCCUAACUCCAAAUCAACCUACCUCACAUGCGCAUGGUACUGGGAUGGACGGUGCUGAAGACCUCAGCCAUUCGUCCACCGCGGAACUGUCCGAUGUAGAAGCGAACACGCACGAACAACCCGAUACCAUCUCGAUUUCUUCGUCUCCAAGCAAGUCUCCGGAGAUUGAGAUAGCAGAGGUGGAGGACUUUGACCGAGAUCCCACGCAGACAAGAUGGACGACCCGAAUCGGAGGUUCUGCCAGUGCGGCCAUACCCAAAUCAAUGCAGCCCCAUUAUGUCCAUCACACAUUUCCCUACGCUGGAGAUAGCCCUGGUAGUGCUCGCCGAGCGGUCGGGGAGAUAGCCAACCGCUUUCAGUACGGGGGCGCCCAAGACGGAGAACUGUUCUCGAAGGUCAAAGACUGGAUGGUCGAAUUUGUCAACACAUGUGUGGAAUUCCCACAAAGACUUUUCGAAGAAGACCGUGAUUUUUGGCAGUAUUUGCCAGGCUUGGUUGAGAAUUUGCUACGACGCACCAGUGGCCCUCCACCUGAGGCUCGGGUAGAAGACCUCAUCGAAUACUUUGUCGCCUAUGCCCGCGUCACGAAGCUCAUCAUGGAGUACGAUGCCAGACACGUUCAAGAUCUAUCCCCAGAUGCCGAUGCUCGAGACUUCAAAGAUUUUGCGGUGAAGUCAAUGCCUUAUUACCAGCCGCUGAUCUGGAUGCUUCAACCAGAAGGAAUCCCCUUCUAUGAUGCUCUCCGGGGGACUAUGGGGUUUGAGAUAGCUCAGCUCCUGGUGCCGGUGCUUGAUCGUAUCUGCGGCAGUGAGGUGGCUUUGUUAGCAUCGGUCUCCGAGCUCCUGUCUUCAAUAACUCCAUUCCUGUCCAAGAAACAGGAUCUCGUCAAGUUGCUCAUCAACCUGUUGAUGGCGACAAGCUACGCGAUGAAGCCUUUAACGAGUGCAGCAGCAGCUGCAGAACCCAUAUUUCAGCCCUCCAACUUUACUCAGAUCGACUGCAUUCGAGUUGCUGUCGCGGAGAUUAUGCUCAAGGCCGACGAUAUCAUACAGCAAGCCAUUGUGAAGCAAGCACCAUGGCUGAACCUUGAGAGUGCUCCAAAGAUUAUCGACCAACUCAUGCCCAUUGUUGGUGUCAUUGCUGUUGAGGUUCCCAAGAUUGGUCAAGAUAUUGUUGCCACGGCCGGAGUCGGCUUUGUUGAUGGCGACCUUACCGAUCUUCCAAGCACCAUGCCGCAAGCCUGGAAAUUCAAGACUCUGCGAAAGUUCAUCACUCACGGGCGCAUGGAAUUGCGAGUUUUUGGCGUAGAGAACAUGUCGAAUGACCUUGUUCAGGUCUACAAGGAACGUAUCCUCAAUCGACCCCAGGCUCCAACCACCGAUCCUCUCGUUAGAUUUCUCGUCAAAUUCAUCCAGCAAAAUCAACUCAUAGACUACAUCAUAGGUGUUGACUCUCACCCACAACUGAUACGCCGCAGUCAUAACGUUGUUGGAUUUCUCUGUGUCUCUGGCACCUACACAGACGCCACAACAGACGUUAUCUGGAAGACAAUUGCUGAGAGUCAAGAUCCCCGAACUGUGCAUGAGGUGUUCAACCUUUUAUCUAAUUGCCAUGUGUAUGACCUUCACGCACUUUGCUACAUCUGCAAGAAGUUGGCGGACUAUCCAUUUCAGCGAUUUGAUACUCAUGUCUUGCAGUUCACUGUUGGCCUGUUGGAAAAAAUCCGAGGCUACAGCGAGUCUACCUCACAACAACCCUCAGACCCUACGAUACGGCGUCUCUUGGUUCGGCUCUUGCGAGAAGCGUCGUUAGAUGAGAAUCUGUCCCUAGAACAAGCCGCGGUCAUUCGUAAAGAGUUUCCACGACACCUGGGUACAUCGCUAACGCUCGGUGGCCUUCUCGAUGCCAGUAUAAUCACCGUGGAUGAGGCAGAGCUCCACCAGAUCAUCAGAGAGUCCGCCGAGUCCUUGAAGUCGCAUGAAGAAUACUCCUCUGGUGAUGUUCUUGUUCUGACAGUUCUAGUUCCAAUCAUGAGACAAUCACUUUCCGAGGUCAUUGCGGAAUUCGAUUUGAUCGGGCUUCUCGUGGCUGACAUUGCUCACCUCACCACCGAAUUUCAGCAAAUGCUCCAACACAAUGUGUCGGUGACAUUCUUUGAAGUCGCAUAUGACGUGCGCGCGACUCUCCUUUACUCAUUGAUGCUGUUGGCACCUACAAUGUUCUCCAAGUCGUCAAUCGAAUCAUUAUGGAGCUCAUUCUUCACCGCAAAGCAGUUGCCCAUGUCAGUCCGAGCGAGGGCCUGGGAGACAUUGAUCAGCGUGAUGAGAAGAAGGCAGGUUAACGAUCAAAAUCCAGUCUUGGAUUUAAUUAUCAAUGAGCUUGUGCAGGGUCUAGGGCCACAAGACUAUGACGAAACUGUGCUAGAAUUCUUGAAGAUUUCAGUGUCGUAUACUAUUCGGCAUUCUGGCCAUACCACGCCGGAUGUCAAGGACGUUGUAGUCAUCCCAGGCAUCGACAGAAUAUGGAGGGUUAUGCUGGAAGCUCCAUCCGACACGGUUGAGACCCAAGCUACCGAGUUCAUCAUUCAGCAAUAUCUGGAUCACCAGCUCAUCACACGACAAUCGAGAGAGGCAAUUGAGUCCACGCACUCUUCUCUCGUCGAUCGUUGCGUCCAGCAAGUCAUGGCAUCGGCUGCAAAACUCAAAUCGUAUGCUGAUGAAAGCCUAAGCGGCGAGGACGAACCGAUGGCCAUCAUUGCGUCUGAACAAGAAAUUCGCGCCGAAGAGCUACGCUUCGACAGAUCGUUGCUAUUUCUGAGAAAAUUCUUGGAAGGGAUGAAAUCGCGCCCGCGGUACAGUCCAACUCCAAGUCAACAGCCUCAACGUCUACCAGGCUUUCUUCUGAAGAAAGGCGACGAGAUCGAAGUCUCGAUACAAGUCUACGGCAGUAGAUACGUGAUUCCCGAAAAGCAAAAGGUUACUUUUGGCUCUGAGAAUACAGGAAACGAGCUUUGGAAAUAUAUUGCCGAUGCUAGCGGCUUCACGGAUUUUGCGAUCUACCACUGGGGCCAAGGGAUUGAGCUUGCAGGCUGCGAAAAGACCCUAGCUGAGUUGAAUGCCUCUCAAGCCCUAUUCAUGGUCCACAAGACAGCCAACGCCUCUGAAAAAGUGCCCACGCGCACAACACGUGCCUCAUCUCCUGUGGACGACAAGAUCAUGCAUCACUUCGACGAUCUUUACGACCUAUUAGACGCAGAUGAACGCCUCUCUAGAGAGGUGUAUACCUUCCUGAGUCUGUUUCCUGCGCAGUCUGAGCUUGUUCGACUGAUCCGGUCCAGAGAGAAGAGCCCCACUGAUCUCCUUCCGCCCAAGAAGCCUUUCAAGCUCUUGUAUUGCGCCCGAGCCUUGUUAGCCUGUAUUGAAGACGAAUCAUUCAGCUCUGAUCCAAACACACUCUUCUUGACAUAUAGCAUUCAGACCAUCCUGGCCGUCCUCCCGAAAUUAGAGUUGUCAGACGCCAACAAUCCACUUCAGAUGUCCAUAGCACAUUGGCUUGUUCAGGCUCUUCUGUUAGCACUUCGUGCUAAGGUUCCGGCGGCGACUUCACAAGAUUACAUCGAGGAUCGUCAAGGAUUUGCAUCAGAGAUCUACAGAUUGCUGCAUUUUACAUUGCAGGCUGAUAAUGCGACCAACAACGAGGUUGCUCCAGCGUCCAUGGCCAAAAUGAUCAUGGAGGCUUUCACCGAAGCUUGUUUGCAUGACGACCGCGUCUGGGAGCAUGUGGAUGCAAAUAACAAGUUCGAGGAAUUACUUAUGCUUGCCUUCAUUGCGGAUGGUCGACCCGAAGUUCGGCACUCCUUGUUAGAAGUGGUCGUGGGUCUUACGGGAGCUGUUGGGACCAAAAUCCAUCUGAAGAUCAACAACCCGCGAGCAGCACGUUCGAGAUUUCCUGCAAGUGCUGUCGAAGCUUGCUUAUCGCAUCUUUGGACUACCUUGGUCAAGGCUCUGUCUCAUAUAUGCACGUACCCUGAGCGGUGCGCCGAACUUUCCGAGGCGGUUCUCGUGAUAUUGAGAAGGAUAGGCAAGUCCAUUACCAUCGGAUCAAUUCACGACCACUUCGUCCAAUGGAGCACCAUGCUGCUAGAACACGACCAUCGCGAGACAGUCGGCCAGCCCACCAGGGACCAUGUUGUCAGUUCUUUGACAAAGCUUCUUUACGAGUGUUGCAAAUUGUUGAAAAGCAACGACUUAUUGCCUCCGAGCCACCGACUGCUAGAAAAGAUUGUUGACCGCCUGCUUCUGCCCCCAUUGUCUGUGGGCGGUGUUCUCAGCGAAGCAUCUCUUGCGGUGCCCGUAUUGGACAGCACUGUUCGCGAGGGUCUGUACAAUCUUUUGCUAGCGCUCUCUCAAGGUCCACAGGACAUGGCGACGAUUCUUGCGAAACUCCAGGAUUCCGCCAUCCUUGAACGAGAUUUUUUUGAACCUAUGUAUGUGCAUGAACGCCAGAGUCUACGCACCGAGGUUGGCUAUGCGGGACUUCGAAAUUUGUCAAACACCUGCUACCUCAAUUCAUUGUUCACUCAGCUUUUCAUGAAUUUACAAUUCCGAGAAUUCUUCCUGGAUGUUGAAAACUUCAGUGAUUCCCGGAACAAGCUUGUAAAAGAGCUCUCAAAAGUGUUUGCUUACAUGCAGAACUCGUACGAGAAGUCCAUCGACCCCACUCUCGCCGUGGAAGCAAUAACAACCUAUGAAGGUGAUCAAAUCGACGUUUCGGUUCAAAUGGACGUUGACGAGUUUUUCAACCUUCUGUUUGACCGCCUCGAGAGCCAGAUUGACCACGGAGCAAGAGAUUUGUUCAAAUCCAUCUAUGGGGGCCAACUGGUGCAGCAAAUCAAAUCGAAAGAAUGCGAACACAUUUCUGAGCGAUUGGAACCUUUUUCCGCUGUCCAAGUCGAGAUCAAGGGGAAAGCGCGUCUUGAGGACAGUCUCAGAGCUUACGUCGAGGGCGAAGUUCUCCAGGGUGAGAACAAGUACUCGUGCACUGCUUGUGGACGCCACGUGGAUGCUGUCAAACGUUCAUGCCUAAAGGAUGUCCCUGACAACUUGAUUUUCAAUCUGAAACGCUUCGACUACGACAUUCUCACAGGAAUGCGGACCAAAGUGAAUGAUGAAUUCCAGUUCCCAGAUACCCUCGACAUGGCACCGUACACCCUCGCCCGCCUCAGUGACGACGGUGACGGGGAACCAGAUUAUUUUCAGCUCACCGGCGUCAUAGUCCACUCGGGUACGGCAGACACGGGGCAUUAUUACUCUUUCAUUCGUCAGCGACCGUCGAGCAAGCCUGUAGCGGAUUCUUGGGUUCAGUUCAAUGACCAAGAUGUCACGGUGUUCGAUCCCAGCCAAAUGCGAGACAAUUGUUUUGGAGGGAAUGCUGAUGCCGGCUUCUAUCAUCUACCCAAGUUUUACAGUGCAUACAUGCUCUUCUACCAGAGAACAUCGAGUAUUGAAAGAUUUGAAGCACAGUAUCGCCAGCAUGACACCAUAAAUCCUGUCCGCCUCUCCUUACCAUACAACAUGGAACAUCACAUUGCUCAGCAAAAUGAACUCUUCCUACGAUCGUACUGCGUCCAAGACAGUACACAUGCACAAUUUGUCCUUAACCUAUUGGAGAGGAUGGUAUCUGGACCCAAAUGCAGUGACUACCAUGCAAUUGAAACGAGCACAUUGGAAAUGGCUUUGGACUAUGUCUAUCAGAUCUCGUCUCGCUGGAAGGAUCAUCCGGCUGUUGAGGAGACCCUCAAGCUGGUAGGGCAGUACGCUGAGAAUUGUCCUGCCUGUGCAAAGGUGGUUGCUGAAUGGUUUGCGACACCUCGCGUUCUGGAAGAUGUCAUCACUCGAAGCCCAUAUCAAUUGGUGAGGAAAGCAUAUGCAAAUCUAUUCACCCUCGUGUUUAGUCAUCUACAUGCCCUCAAAUCGAGCAUUGAGAUUACGGAGGACGACCGGACUCAACUGACAGCCAAUUACUCGCGCUGGCUACAAUCCGCCAUUGCUCAGCUCGCCAAAUCAUGGGAUACGAUAACUAGGAGUGGUCGAUGCUGGCCUGAGUAUUUCGGGAUUCUUCUGGCCCUGCAGAGACUUGGGGACGAUGUAGUGGUGAUCUUGCUUGACGAAGAGUUCUUGGAAAAGUGCAUUGACAUCAUCUCCAUCCAUGUCACCAACUCCGAUUUCCCAAUCUCCAAGCGAUUAAAGGCGCGGUAUGGCGUCUACCUGGCAGCACGAGAAAAGAACCGACCAUUCAACCAUGGCUUACUUGUUCGAUUCUUGGUGAAUCUUGUGUUGAGAGUUGAUCUACACAACAUUCCCGAUGGCGACUACCGCUUGACCGACAAGAAGAUAGGCUUGACGCCCAGUGAGCUGGAAGUCCUGGGAGUUGGCAAAAUGCCUCCCAACCUAGAAUGGGUGCUGCGACUAAUAGCGGGCCAACAGAACCCCGCUGCAGUCAAUGAGCUGGUCACUUGUCUCGCACGAGACCCGAUUCUUGCCGGUGCUCUUUCGGAAGUUCUUCAUAAAGGACUGAACGACAGACUGAUUCAUAUUGCGCUUACCUUUCUGGACCCGAUUGUUACCUUCUGCGAACAAUGUGAGUCGGAGCCUCGUAUCAUUGAUCUGGUACAAUCUGCCUUGGACAGCAUCUCUACGGUGGGAGUCGAAUAUGCUCGGGAGUACUUUGGCUUUGUUGAGGCAGUCCUCAAAUUGGAAAAUCAGUCCCUCGAUGAAGAGGCUGGGUUUUUAGAAGAGGAAGUACUGAAAACUAUCCCUCAUUGGGGGCCCACAUUUCUCUUGUGUCCCGUUGAUGGACAAACCCAUAUUCGACAUGCCACGACAGAGCUGCUCAAGAAACUGCUUUUCAAUCCUUUACAAGAAUCGGAAUCGGAUGACCCUCGGUUUCAUCGCCAACUCCGGGGCCUUGUCCAGGAGUUGGCACGCGAGGCGCAAGCCUACAUUCAUACUCAAUUCUUGACAUCGCGAAGCAGGGGAGGCUCGCCGCUUUUCCCAGGGCAAGUGCAUCAGAUCAUUGACGUGGUCGAGACUUGCUUGGCAUACUUUGACCUUGAGACUGCACAAGAUGAAGAUCAAGUCGCAAGCAUCCAGACAACAAUGGCAGCUCUUCGAGCGAAGGCGGAAGCCGAAGCGGAGACAUUGAGCACAGAAUGGCAGGAGAACAGCAGCGAGAUGGCUGAAUUGAGCACAGAAGAUUUUGAAGACCUACAGAGUCCAUGA